CAUAUUUGGAAUUUUCCCUACACAUAAGUAUGCAUGUUUUGUUUAAUUUUUUGAUUUUUUUUGAAUACGUUUUCUCUCUCUAAGCCAUGGCAGGGAGAGGAAGACCGAAGAAGCAAACUACGAUUGAGAACUCUGCAAGCAAAUCGGUGACUCCAUCGGGAUCACAAACGAAGAAGCCUCAAGCACAUCCAAGGGUCGGACUGCAAAAGCAAAAACCAAAUGGGGAGAAAGGAGAGGACUCUGAGAAGGAUAAUCUGGUGAUAGGCGAUCAGGAAUCAGAGGGCGAUGAUAAAGCAGAGGAAAAAGAUAAGGAAGAGAACCUCGAUCAGAUACUGGAGGAUAUAACCCAGCCGAAGACUUAUGCUGAAGCAGUAGGCCGAUCUGAGGAUUCUGAAGGUAAGCUUACAUUUGUGAAAGCUGAGGAAGCCGAUGGUAAUAAAUAUGCUAGGAUUAAUGAUGAGGAUGUAUUACAAACAGAAAAUUACUGGGAGGAUACUGCAAUAGGCAAUAUGUGGUUCGGUUUGGAUCUGAAAAAGAAAGAGAUGAAGCAAUACAGAGGAUCUACUACCAUUUUGACAAUAAGCCGGUUUAUGUUAGAAGCUGGAAGCCUGGAUAUGAAGAACCUCAUGGAUAUACCUAUUUGGAUACAGCUGCCAGGUCUGGAAAGCAAAUACUGGACAGCUCUAAGCAAGAUUGGUAGCCUGAUAGGGAAGCUAAUCAAAGCUGAUAAGGCCACAACAUCAAGAACUAAAUUGGAUUAUGCAAGACUCCAAAUAGCUGUUAGUGCAAAUCAACAAUUUCCUGAGAAGAUCAUGUUUGUAGAUGAGAACAAUAGACUGAUAAAUCUUUCAGUUAAAUAUGAAUGGAAACCAAUAAUUUGCACUAAAUGCAGUCGGUUGGGGCAUGAGGAAGAUAUGUGCAGGAAGAAAGAAAUGAAAGGAAACCAGAAACUAGUAUGGAAACCUAAAAUUACAAAGGAAAAAUAUGAACAAGAGAAAGAAGAACCAGAUGUCCAGAAGCAGAAUAGAGGUUUGGAUACAGAGAAAAAUCAAGAGGGAAUAGAAAACCAAAAUGAAGGGUUUAUUCCAGUUAGUAAGAAGAAAGCAGCAAGACGAGUUCAGAAAUGGGAAGAAGAGCAAUACAUUCAUCAUGGGAUUUGCCUGAAUAGAGACUUAGUUGAAGCCCCCUAUAAGGGGCAUUACCCUUUUCUACAAUGAUUGGAGGUUGGAAUAUAUAUUUUGGAGUAAAAAAGGCCGCGGAAGAAAGUGAAGAAUAGGCCCAGGCAAGACAUCUAUUUGGCCCAUCAUAAACCAAUGCGGAGAAAAUCAAAAGGAAAGCAAAAAAGAAAUAAAGUAAAAACUCCUCCAUUCCGUAGAAAGCAUCGCAGGAAAGGAAACGGAGACUCCGUCUCAGACUCCAACAACGGAAGGCGCAAGAAACUAGAGAAUCCUUUUCCAAAUCCAAUUGGAACUCUUCAAAUCUCAAUUAUAAAAAGAAGGGAUAUAUACGGAGAACGAGGAAGGAGGGACGGAAACGGAACAGAGAGANGGGAGUUUCUUUGACUUCUAAUUUUAUUUCAAACUUUUAAUUAGGAUUUUGAAUUUGUUUAAUUUCCAAUUGAUGAAUUUGAUAUCCAUUAUUUAAAUAUAAUAUUUUCAAUUCGAAUUCUAUGUUGAAUGUUUAAGUUAUAUUAUAAGUGUUGAAUUGUUUAAGUGUUGAUGUUGAAUGGUUCAAGUUAUGAUUUAUUAAUUGAUCAUUGUCUCUGAAACUAUAAAACCUUCUUAGGCCAGAUUGUUUGACAAAAAGAUUGAAUCUUUGUUUGUUGAAUUAAUUUGACUUUGAAGAGAUUUUAGCUCUAUGCUACUGUUAAAAUCUAAACUCGAAAAGGUGUUCUGAGAACUAUUUUCACCAGAUUUUACUUAAAUUGGACCAAAUUAGGAACGCGCGCCUAAUCCAGUU